AAGAGGCAGAACCAGUGGCGCGUUAUGAAGUCUCGCGAGACAGAGACGAAGACAGGGUGAGAUCAAGUCGCAGACGGAGGAAGGCAAGAAAAAGAGGAAGAUCUUGACAAACUAAUAAAACCCAUUAAAAUGUCGGGACGGUCCGUGCGGGCGGAGACACGCAGCCGUGCAAAAGAUGAUAUCAAGAAAGUGAUGGCGGCAAUUGAAAGGGUCCGUCGGUGGGAAAAAAAGUGGGUUACAGUGGGAGACACAUCAUUACGAAUAUUCAAAUGGGUCCCUGUCACAGAAACUAAACAGAUAUACAAGCCUAAAGCGGCAGGUACUGCAGUGAGGAAACUGAAGGGCUUUCCUACAGAUGUAGUGUUGGAAAAUGCCCGUUCUGUGCUACUGGAUUUUCAGGAUGACAACAGUAACCAGAGUUUCCUAUCAGAUGCCUAUCAGUCUAAUACAAAAGUGGACAGCAGCAGCAACUCCAGUCCACAGCAUGUGAGUGAGGCAGUGAGCCCUUCCCAACCACCUUACUUCCGUACAGAGGAUUCCCAGCCGCCCACCCUGGGACAGGAGACAAUGGAGGCUGAGAGAGAGACAUCAACAACCAGCAGUGAGGUCACGGAUGAGCCCCCAACUCUAAUUAAAGAAGAUGUGUUGUCGCUUUCUACUCAGGAGGAAGAGGAGUUGAUUGGAGCCCCGCCGCUUAAAAGAGUUUGCACUGAGCAAAACUCAACUCUUAGUUAGCACUAUUAUGCUGAACAUCACAGGUCAAAAGUAUGGAAUACAUUUUGAAAGAGACUGAACUGUACAUUUAAGAGCCGUUUUACAGCCUGCCAAAUGCCUGAAAUUCGCUUUUGUGAUCAAGAAACAAGCUUGAAAUUGUUUUUGUUUGUACAUAAAAAGAUUUUACUUGGGUCUUUUCAGGUAUUUUCUUAUGAAGGUUUGUAUUACAUCUUGAAAAUAAAUUGUUUAAUUGCAUGUUUCUUAAUCUAAAUUGAGAAAGAACUGUAUCAGUAUAAUACAUGUGAGUCUGCAUGGAGUGAUGAUUGGUAUAUACAGUAUGACAAAACAGUUGAAUUUUAAACAUUUUAAUUUGUUUUGUGUUUGCGGCAUCCUUAUAGAUUAUACAAAUAACUUUUAUUGGCUUGUUUUACUUUGCUUCAUUGUAAAAAUACUUAAAUGCAUGCAGUUUAGGGCAAUUUUAAAUAACCUCUGUGUUAUCUAUUUCUUCAUUUGUUUAUUAUUGUUCAUUGUACUGCAUCCAAUUACUGAACUUUGUUUUUGUUUUUAAAGGAAUGCUUAUAUUUUAUAAAUGGUAAGGUAACUUACAGAUUUGUAUUUUAAAUAAAAAGACUUCCACUUUC